CCCCCGCCAUGGCCGCGCCGCGCCGGCUCCUGGCCCCGCUGCUGCUGCUGCUGCUGCUGCUCGGGCUCGUCCUGGCCGCCCCCGGGCCACUGGCGGACGGCAAGGGUGGCCAGGCUGGCCUCGCCCGGAGGCUGCUGCGGCCGCGGGGAGCCCGGCGUGGGGCCGGCCCCAGACCCGGGGGCUGGCGGAGAUCGCGGCGGCCGCGGCCGCGGCUGUCCCACAAGGGCCCCAUGCCCUUCUGAGCCAGGGCUGCCACCGGCCUUCCACGGACCCGGCUUCCACCGCCCGCGCCGCUCGUCCCGCGGCCCCGAGCCUGGGCUGCCCGCUCUGAGC